CUGAGGACGCGCCGGAGGUAUGUUCCGGCUGCUGCGCUGGCGUCUGGGCCGGACGCUGCUGCGGGCCGCGGGCCGGCGGUGCGGAGGAUGCGCCGCGCGUCUGCUGCCGGAGCGGGCGGGCGACACGGGGCCGGGCGCCGAGGGGAGGCCGAGCCGAGGCACGCCGGCGCGGGGACAGGGACUGCUGCCGCUGUUGGCAGCGCUCGCCUGGUUCUCGCGGCCCGCAGCGGCGGCGGAGCAGUCGGAAGAGGACGAGACAGACGAGGUGGAGGCCGAGAUCAUCCAGCUGCUGAAACGAGCCAAGUUGAGCAUCAUGAAAGAUGAGCCAGAAGCGGCGGAACUAAUUUUGCAUGAUGCUCUUCGCCUUGCGUAUCAGAGUGAUAACAAGAAAGCCAUCUCUUACACUUACGACUUGAUGGCCAACUUGGCAUUUAUACGAGGGCAACUUGAAAAUGCAGAACAACUUUUUAAAGCGACAAUGAGUUACCUGCUUGGAGGAGGCAUGAAGCAGGAAGACAAUGCAAUAAUUGAGAUCUCUCUGAAGCUGGCCAGUAUCUAUGCCGCUCAGAAUAAACAGGAAUUCGCCCUUGCUGGCUAUGAAUUCUGCAUUUCAACUCUAGAGGAAAAAAUUGAAAGAGAAAAGGAAUUAGCAGAAGAUACUAUGUCAGUGGAAGAGAAAGCCAAUACCUACCUCCUCCUUGGCAUGUGCUUGGACUCUUGUGCACGCUAUCUGCUAUUCUCCAGGCAGCUAUCACAGGCACAAAGAAUGUAUGAAAGAGCCCUGCAGAUUUGUCAAGAAAUACAAGGAGAAAGACACCCACAGACCAUUGUGCUGAUGAGUGACUUGGCUACUACUCUGGAUGCACAGGGCCACUUUGAGGAUGCCUACAUCUAUAUGCAGAAGGCGUCAGACCUGGCACGAGAGAUCAAUCACCCUGAGCUGCACAUGGUUCUCAGCAAUCUGGCUGCCAUCCUGAUACACAGAGAACGAUACACACAAGCAAAAGAGAUCUUCCAGGAAGCACUGAAGCAAGCAGAGCUGAAAAGAGAUGAGGUUUCUGUACAGCACAUCAGGGAAGAAUUGGAUGAGCUGUCAAGAAAAAGUAGACUUUUGACUUAAUUUUGUUAAGCUAUGUAAGUUCAUUUUGUUGUAGAGAGGGUAAUCUCUGGUAGCCCAAAGGAGUGACUGUUCUUCCAUGUCUGGAUCCCAAGCGGUGGUGUGAAUCAUUGUUGGAAUUCAGCUUUCUUCAACUCAACCUCGUGGAAGGACAAGUAUACACUGCCACUUUUAUUUCUAAAUUUAGUUUACUUUGAGAUGGGCCUCCAACUUGGAGUCCUCCUGCCUCGGUCCCCCAAGUGCUGGGACUGUGCCUGGCCCUACUUGUGUGUGUAAAGUUGCAGCAGCUUCUACCCUGUACUGACAGUAACUUAUGAGGGCUUGGUGUGAAGUGCCGCUUCCCAGUACAGCGUGGGAGAGGCCGUCCAUCUGGUCCGUGAAAACUGUAGUAGACUCUUAGGUGGCCACAUCCUCCACGGUGUGGUCAUUAUACUUUCCCUAAGAUUUUGGUUCCUGCUUUCUCUUCUCUAUCCAUUUCUGGCAAACAAGUUACUUGUCUGAUGGCACAGGAAGAUUUUGGUGAGUUCUUUUAUAGUCUUUUAUUGAAGCAUUGCAAAAUUUAAUAUGGGGGAAGAUAAUAAUUCUAGUUGGCCUCUAGUAAGCAGCAUUCACAUCUGAAGUGGAAAUUAGGCACUUUGUCACCUGUCUGGGCAGUGGGCUUCCUUUACAAACAGUCACACAGUAGUGUCGAGCUGAACCCGGUAACAAUACUGACAGCACUGGUGCAUGCCGUUGGCAGUGUGGAGCCACUCACCUGCAUCCUACUUAGCAGCACUGGCUAUUUUGCAGUCUCUGUAUUCAUGCCUGUUAAGUGGGAAACCAAUUAGAUUCUUUGUCUGAUGACUUAAAAUGAAUUAACUGUUAUGCGGUAAAAAACUUACUAGUCACUGCCUCAGAAUACACAAUUGGACGCCUUUACCUCUACAGCCUGGCAGAUGGCCACUGCCCGAGAGAGAAAAGAUAGGUUUUCUGGGUGCCCUGAAGGAACAGGUGGUGUUGGCAUCCUCAUGGAGACGGGUGACGUGAGCAGGACUGGCCAAUGGGCUUUUGGUUCCUAUGUUUGUACUGGGAGAAUCUUCGUAAUAAACUAGAGGCUAUACAAUAUUGUAUGUAUUCUAACAAUCUUUGAAUCGUAGAAAAAUAACUUACUGAGAGGAAAAUUCUAAGGCCCAGAUCUUCAGAAGUAAACCAGAAUAGUACGUUGUGCAGGGAGAGUUCUGACAUUCUCCAUCUACGCUCAUUUACCACUUACUCCCUAGCUAAUGUGAUCCCAUCAGUGAAGAAUAACGAGAGAGAGUUCAGUCACCUUUUGUUUGAGAAUGUUUUACUAUUUCAUAAUUCCAGAGUUACCAAAAGUAAAGUCUUAGGAUUUUUAAUCCUCUGUGGUGAUCCACCUCCGGGUCCUGUGGUGUGGCUGGGAGACUGUAGUUCUCAGAUGACGGUCCACGGUGCAUGUGCCGGGAGCACUCAUUUGCACUGUUAUAAAAAAGGCAGUGAGACAGAGCGACUGAUCUCCUUUUACUGAUUACAACUUUAAACAAUUUACAUUUAAUUUCAUUUGAACUACACCAUGUUACUGGAGUUUUCAGGGCAUAAGGGUAUGUAAGACAGAAUCACAGCAUAUGAAAAUUUAAAGUGUAGUAUAAAAUUUCUCCCUAAAUAGACUGGAAAAAUUGUCAGAAUAUUACCUCUACUGGAAGACCGUGAUUUAGUUGUAUGUGCAUGUGUUUUUAUAUAUAUAUAGUGUUGGCCCACAAAAAAUGCUAUGCUACACUUUGACUUGUGGCUGACUUCCUCCCUUAGUCUCACAGUAAGGCAGACCUCCCCCUCUCUAGGUAAACUCUGAGGAUUCUGUUCUAGUUGUUUUGAACUAAGAAAUGAUGCUGGAUUUCAUGCUGUAUUGUGGUGAGCAUGGAACAGUCUUCUAGGCUGAUCUAUCCUAAACUGAACCCAACCUGGAACAGUGAAAGACCCUCAGGGUCAGUCCUCAUCAUCAUUUAUGACUUACUAAGUUCUAGGCUAUGACUGAAACUUCGGGGGGGGGGGGGGCUUUAAUCAAACUUUAGUCUUCUGUAUGUUCAUGACUAUUGGAAAGGGACACUUUGGACACUUGCAAACUUAACAGGUGUUAAGAAUUCUGUUUCAUUGUAGCCUUGGCUGGCCCAGAACUCACCUUGUAAUCCAGGCUAGCCUUAUACUUUUAGUGAUUUGCCUGCUUCUGCUUCCCAAGUGCUGAGAUUAAAGGUGUACGCUACCACGCAUGGCUAAAGUUUAA